GGACACAUCAAACGGCCGAUGAACGCGUUCAUGGUCUGGUCCAGGAUCAGGAGGAAGAGAAUAUCUGGCGAUUAUCCCAGGCUGCACAACUCGGAAAUUAGCAAGAUAUUGGGCGCCGAGUGGAAGCUGUUGUCGGAGAUCGACAAGAGGCCGUUCAUCGACGAGGCGAAACGUCUGAGGAGCCAGCACAUGCUCGACCAUCCGGAGUACAAGUACAGGCCGAGGAGGAAGGCGAAGUUCGAGAAGGAAACCAAAAAUGCCACCAGUACCAAUCAGUUCAGUGAUCCUUUGCAGAGGGCCUUGAAUCGAGCUUUCUACAAUGACAAAACUCUAACGUUGGAUCAGAAGCACAGUUUGAUGGCGACCUAUCCCAUUUCGAUCACGAUCCCAGCACAAACUUUGCCGGAAAGGACGGACGGUUUUCAAGACUUUUCCUUCAGGCAAACUGAAGAACAUUACAAACAAGAGUAUAAUCCUGCUAUUCACUCGUUGCCUCCUUACAGCAGCCUUCAAGGGGGCCUGCAUCAUAGAGCUCUUCUUAGAGCUGCAUCAGUUUAUGCUUAUGAUUUGGCUGGGACUAGCUCCCACACUAUGCCUGUAUAUUUUCCUUAG